AUGAAAACCAUCUCAUUGUCGAGGCUCUCGAUCUCGACCCACCUUGGCUCUCCUCCUUCUCCUUCGCUUGAAGACUUGAUCACCCUCGUUAGGUACAAGUACAACCGCUCGAGACAGAGACAGAUUGAGACUCGGAGACUCACCUAUAAACGAAUUGCUUAUGCAUGGGAUUUCCAAACGACAUUGCUAGAAUUCCAGAAAGUUCAGCAGCUCGUGACCGAGCGCGAGUCUGCUUACGCUCCAUCUGUUCCUCCUCCCUCUGCAACAACUUUCGGGUCUGAUGAGCAAGUGGCAUCUAGAAUGGCCCAGGAAUUCCAACCUUUUCUUAUGGAUCAGUGGAGGCAGGAGUUUGUGCUUCUAGAAAAUGAAAGAGAACAAGGUGUAAGAGAAGUAGAGGAACAGAGAGGACAAGCAAAUGAAAUAUUCAGGGAUCUUGCGGCUUUAGCUCGUGAGCAGGGUGUGGUAAUUGAUGAUAUUCAAUCGAACAUUGAGAAUUCCGCGGCUGCGACAAAACAAACGAAAGUUCGACUGGUUAAAGCUUCUAAAAGUACGAAAUCCAGAUCCUCAUGGGUAAGUAUCGAGCUCGACUAUCAGAUCAUGUUUUUCCUUCAUUUACCAUUGACGAUAUCGAUAGCCAGAUUGAUGUAG